AGUUCUUCCCAACAGUGUGCUUUGCGGCUGCCCAGACUGCCCUGAAACCAUGACGAAAGCCAUCUUGGUGAUCGGUCAUGGACCGAUUGGCCACUCUUUCAUCGAGAAGAUCACUGGAAGUGAUGCCGCAAGCAACUACCAGGUUUCAGUCCUUUGUGAGGAGCCACGUCCAGCUUACAAUCGCGUCAUGCUCACGCAAUACUUCGAGGACCGUGAUGCUGAGAAACAUGACCAGAUGAAGCUGUCCUAUGUUACAGAGCAGGAGUUGAAGGACCUCAAUGUGAAUCUGAUCUAUGGGCGCGCCAUGUCAAUUGACCGAGAAGCGAAGAAGGUCUCCUACACCAGUGCUUCUGGGACAGGAGCAACUUCCUAUGAUGUUCUGGUCUUGGCCACUGGGUCCUUCUGUUUCGUGCCACCGGUGCCUGGCAUGACUAUUCCAGAGAAGAAAAAUGUCAAUUGGCCUGACGAUCCCGCUUCCAGACCAGAAGGUGUCUUCGUCUACCGCACGAUUGAGGAUCUCGAAUCAUUGCUUGCCAAGGCUAAAUCUGGUGCAAAGCGGGCAGUGGUCAUUGGUGGAGGAUUGCUCGGACUCGAGGCUGCCAAGGCUGUGUAUGACUUGAAGAUGGAGAGCCAUGUCUUGGAAAUGGCACCAUACCUGAUGCCAACGCAGCUCAAUGAAGCAGCUGGCCAAGUCCUAAGCAAGAAGAUCAAUGAUUUGGGGGUUCAUGUACACUGCGGAGUCCAAAUCAAGCGUGUGGUGUUGGAUGACGGCACGGUCACUGGCAUUGAGCUCCUGGAGAAAGGAGAAGAGACUCCGACGGUGCUGAACACGGAUUUGAUCAUUGUUUCCUGUGGUGUUCGACCUAGGGAUGAGCUUGCCAGACAAUGUGGUCUCGAGAUGGGUGCCAGGGGUGGUGUCAAGGUGAAUCCUUCCUUGCAGUCUUCGGACGAGAACAUCUAUGCCAUUGGUGAGGUUGCAGCCAUCGGUGGCAAUAUGUGCUAUGGUUUGUGGGCACCUGGUGUUGAGCAAGCUGAUGCCUUGGUGCAGAAUCUGCAGCAGCCUGGAAGCUCGGAAUAUUUGGAAAGUGAUCUGAGCACAAAGUUGAAGCUCUUGGGUGUCGAAGUAGCCUCCUUCGGCCGCAGUGCUGACUUUUGGUUCAAGCGCCAAUUCGAUGGGAAGGAUCCAAAAGUGAAGUUCAUCGACUCUAAGGAUGAGAUCAAUGACACCUAUCGCCGGCUUUGCUUUUCAGAAGAUGGCUCCAAACUCAUGGGCGGCGUUCUGGUUGGAGAUGCCAAGGACUACUCCAAGCUACUUCAGCUUAGCAAGAAAGAGGACCUCGCAGGCAACGAUCCCGCUGGCUUGGCCUUCAAACGGCCCCCGCCAGGCGCUGCAACUGGAGUGGCAGUUGACGGUGGUGACGGAACUGGCCUUGCUGAUGAUGACACGAUUUGCACCUGCAUUGGCCUCUCCAAGAGCCAAGUCCGCCAGGCCAUCAUCGAGAAAGAAGCCUACACCAUUCCACAGAUCAAAAAGGCCUGCAAAGCGGGUACUGGCUGUGGUGGCUGUGUCACACCAGUGGGAGAAGUGCCAAAGCUCCUGGCACACACUUUGAAGAAGCUGGGGAAAGCCACAGCCACCGGCAUUUGUGCUCAUUUCAGCUACUCCAGGCGAGAGCUUUUUGAUAUCAUCAAGGUGAAGGAGUUAAAGUCCUUUGAGGAAGUGCUGUCAUCUGUGGGACAGGGUUCCUGCGACGGCUGUGAACUGUGCAAACCCAUCGUGGCCUCGAUCUUGUCAGGCCUUUGGAAUGAUCAUGCACUGAAGGCCGGCCGGGACCAGACUCAAGACACCAACGAUCGGUUCUUGGCCAACAUCCAGAAGACUGGAACCUACUCAGUGAUCCCACGAUGCCCUGGAGGUGAUAUUACCCCCGACACACUCAUCGCGUUUGCCACCACUGCCAAGAAGUAUGGCCUUUGGACUAAGAUCACUGGCGCCCAACGUUUGGGCAUGUAUGGUGCCAAGAUCCAUGACCUGCCGGACAUCUACAAGGAGUUGGUGGAUGCUGGCAUGGAAACAGGACAAGCCUAUGGAAAAGCCUUGCGCACAGUGAAGAGCUGCGUGGGAACCAGUUGGUGCCGCUAUGGACAGCAGGAUUCGGUGACUAUGGCUGUGACAAUGGAGAACCGGUACAAAGGUUUGCGCGCCCCUCACAAGAUCAAGAUGGCAGCUUCGGGAUGUUUGCGCGAGUGCGCCGAAGCCCAGGGCAAAGAUGUGGGCGUCAUCGCCACGCAGGCAGGUUACAACCUCUAUGUUUGCGGCAAUGGCGGUGCCAAGCCUGUGCAUGCAAAGUUGUUGGCCACUGACUGUUCGGUGGAGCAGGUGUUGAAAUACACCGACCGGUUUUUGAUGUUCUACAUUUCCACAGCGAAACACUUGCAGCGCACAGCCCCCUGGCUAGCUGAGCUUGAGGGUGGCAUCGAGUACCUCAAGAAGGUGGUGAUUGAGGACUCUUUGGGCAUUGGUGCAGACUUAGAAACCAUGAUGGAGAAGAACCGCAGCAAUGAGAAGUGUGAGUGGAAGGAAGUGGCUUACGAUGAAGAGCUUCGCAAGAAGUUCAAUCAGUUUGCCAAUACCGAUGCGACGCAUGACUCUGAGCAAAUCGAGUAUAUCGAUAUGCGCGGCCAGCGGCAUCCCAAUGUCUACAGCCCCCCUGACAUCACUGGUCCGGCGCUCUACACAAAGGAAGAGGCCAAGGAUAGUUGGGAGUGGAUCUUUUCCGGACUUGCUGCAGACUACCCCAAGAAUGGUGGCCUCAGUGUGAAGCAUGGCACGCAGGAACUUGCGGUCUUUCACCUCCCCCAACAAGCUCAAGAGGAUCAGUGGCUGGCAACCCAGAACCUGUGCCCACACAAGCAAGCUCGCAGCAUUUCCAGAGGUCUGGUAGGAGCGCAGCCGAAUGGGACCUUGACUUUAGCUGAUCCCAUCUACAAGACAACCUACAACCUGAGAACUGGCCAGGGCAUUGGAAACCCGAACUUCAACCUCUCUACCUUCCAGACAAAGGUCGAAGAGGGGAAAGUCUUUGUGAAGGUGCCUCCCAGCAGUGAGAUGGAAGAAGCUUUUGAGAAGAUCAUCCGAGCUUCUUUUGAAGCUGAUGGUCGAGAAUACAAGAAGAAGGUUGGUGUCCCCGUGACUGGCACCAAAGACUUGUCAUGGUGAGCAAAGAAACUCCAGCCAUACAAAUUUUGUGGCGCCUGUUCUGAGGGAGCUGGCGUGAGAGCAGUGCUUUGCUUCAUGGGACCUUGCAUGGAGUGCAGGACCCAUGAAUUGUGCAGGUGUUGCAGAACGACUCAGAAAUAGGCUGCAAACGAAGCACCGCAGCCGCUCUCCAAAACGGUGACGUGAAGGAUGUCUUAUAGUAAUAGUGUUGGAUUCUGAGAUCGACCCUCUUGGGGACCCAAUGGCUGACAUGUCCAGA